GAGUCUUUCCGAGAAGUGCCGAGGCUGCGGUUCCCUCGAGACGGGAAGGCUUGGACUUCAAGAUGCUUAUAAAGGAAUACCGUAUUCCUCUGCCUCUGAGCGUGGAAGAGUAUCGCAUUGCCCAGCUGUACAUGAUACAGAAAAAGAGCCGAGAGGAGACGUGUGGUGAAGGCAGCGGGGUGGAGAUCCUGGAGAAUCGGCCGUACACAGACGGGCCGGGGGGCAACGGCCAGUACACGCACAAAGUGUACCAUAUUGGUAUGCACAUCCCCAGCUGGUUCCGCUCUAUCCUGCCCAAGGCAGCCUUGCGGGUAGAAGAGGAAUCCUGGAAUGCUUAUCCCUACACCAGGACAAGGUACACGUGCCCUUUUGUGGAGAAAUUCUCCAUCGACAUUGAAACUUUUUAUAAACCCGACGCAGGAGAAAAUGCCAAUGUGUUCGACCUCUCUCCUGUGGAAAAGAGACAGAUAACGCUGGAUGCCAUUGAUAUCGUCAAAGACCCUCUCUCUCCCAACGAGUACAAAUCAGAGGAAGACCCUCGGCUCUUUCGGUCAGUCAAGACAAAGAGAGGCCCGCUGUCGGAGGACUGGAUUGAGCACUACCUCCGUGACCCUAGCCAGUUGCCCAUCAUGUGUGCGUACAAGCUGUGUAAGGUGGAGUUUCGAUAUUGGGGCAUGCAGUCCAAGAUCGAGAGGUUCAUUCAUGAUGUUGGUCUCCGGAAGGUGAUGGUGAGGGCUCACCGGCAGGCCUGGUGCUGGCAGGAUGAAUGGUUCGGGCUGACCAUUGAGGACAUCCGGAAGCUAGAGAAAGAGGCGCAGGAGAUGCUGUCCCGUAAGAUGGCCCGGUACUCAGAUGCUGAUGCGCAUGGGCCCCAGGAGCUGUGCAGUGAGGAGAAGGAAAUGGACAACGCCUUGAGGGAGGUCACAGAGCCCCUGAGCAGCAACGGGGAGGCCCUCAAGGGGAGAAGCUUAACAAAGCAGUGGUCCACAUCCUCGAAGUCUUCCCGGUCAUCUAAAAGAGGAGGGAGCCCUUCGUGCCAAAGCAUCUCGGAAUGGAGGAUGCAGAGCAUAGCCAGGGACUCAGACGACAGCUCAGAAGACGAAUUCUUUGAUGCGCACGAGGACCUGUCUGAUUCCGAGGAGUCAUUCCCGAAGGAAAUCACCAAAUGGAACUCCAACGACCUUAUGGACAAGAUCGAAACCCCUGAACCUGAACCAGAUGUUCCAGCACCCGUGAUCACUGCUGCCCCUUGGGCAGAGCUGCGGGAGGUCACGAGUCCACCAUCCCUUGACAAUUUUCACACUGAAUCACCAAUCAAUAAAUACUCUGAAGCCAGCGCCGUGGAUCGAGUGGACAUAGCCCAGGACUGUAAAGUGAAGAAAGGGAAGGGGGAGAAGGGCUGCAGGUUCCAGAGCCGGCCCUGGGUCUGUAACCUCACGCACGGGCAGUGUGUGGGCAGCUUACACAGCCAAGGUCAGCUCUCCUUGUUGACUUGCAUCAACCCCCAGAUCCGCCGCUUUCAUCGGCCUCCACCGACUUUGCCAAAGAAACACGCACACGCGCGCUGUGAAAGCCGUGAGGCUUUGUGGGAGGCAUUUAGCCACGCGCUAAGCACGUGCUCACUUAGCACAGUACACCGAGAGGGCACCUUCACGGCGGCCUCUCUUUUCUGUGGGGACCCAAACCAUCUCCGCCUCGCCUCCCAGGCCGCGUCCUCCCUGGUGGCAAGCGAGGCAGGUUGUGACGGAGGCAGGGAGCCGCCUUUGGGAACUUACGGCAGUGAUGAGUCCAGCCUUCCACUGGUGCAGCCCUCUAAAGUUCACGUCUUGCUGCUGGUGCUACAUGGUGGAAACAUCCUGGACACAGGGGCUGGUGACCAGACCUCGAAACAGGGUGAUGUCAACACCAUUGCCACGGCAUUCGACACAGUCAUGCGUGUGCACUAUCCCACUGCCCUCGGCCGGAUCACCAUCAAACUGGUUCCCUGUCCACCUAUCUGCUCCGAAGCGUUUUCCCUUGUCUCCAAUUGGUUUGGGCCCGCCAACAACUUGGAAGAGUCAGGUGACAAGAAACGAAUGCGAGAUCCUUUGCCUGUGGCCUUAGAUUUGGAUCUCUGGUGGGGGACGGGCGGGGGCUGGCUGGCUGGUGCACGUGAGAAGUCAGAGAGACAGUCUGACCUCCUCCUUCUGUUCUAUGCAGCGGAUGUGAUCCAGUCCCACAACGCCGUCUUCAUGGAGAGCGCCUCCCCUUCUUCUCCUGGCACGGCCCCCACCUUCCGGGGCUUCCGCCGGGCCAGCGAGGUCAGCAUCACCAGCCAGGUGUCUGGCAUGGCCGACAGCUACACGGCCUCCAACAUCGCCAACAAGACCCCAACGGCCCUCAGUCACACCCCCAGUGUCAGGCGCCUGUCCCUGCUUGCCCUCCCCCAGCAGCCCCCCGACACCCUGGUGCCCCAGAGGCCCAGGCCUCAGCCAGGGGAACUACCCGUCAGCUCUGUAAGAGAGAGGUUGGUGGGGGAUCUGAGUCCGAGCCUGGACCGAGUCCCCAAUCUGGACAUCGGAGAAGUUGCCGCCAAAUGGUGGGGCACAAAGAGGAUCGACUAUGCCCUGUACUGCCCGGACGCCCUCACUGCUUUCCCCACCGUGGCUCUCCCCCACCUCUUCCACGCCAGCUAUUGGGAAUCCACCGAUGUGGUCUCCUUCCUGCUGAGACAGGUCAUGAGGCAUGAAAAUGCCAGCAUCUUGGAGCUGGAUGGCAAGGAGGUGUCUGUGUUUACCCCCUCAAAGCCCCGAGAAAAAUGGCAGAGGAAGAGAACCCACGUGAAGCUGCGGAACGUCACUGCUAAUCACAGGAUCAAUGAUGCCGUAGCCAACGAGGAUGGGCCUCAGACUCUGACAGGCCGCUUCAUGUAUGGGCCUUUAGACAUGGUCACUCUGACAGGGGAGAAGGUGAGUGGAGUCCGGAGAGGGAGGCCAUGGCAGGGGGACCCCAGGGUGGAGGGGUGGGAUGAGCAUUUCGGAAUCAUGAAAUCAGAAGCACCUCAGAGGCCUUCCAGGGCCGGGCACAUACUCCACAUGCGAGUGCACGCGGCCUACGGCUCCACCAAGGACAUCUCCGUGUACAGCUCCAUCAGCCUGUCUCCCAUGCAGAUUUACAUCGUCGGGCGUCCCACCAAGAAACUGCAGCAUCAGUGCCAGUUCAUCACGGAAGGCUACGCUGCCCACCUCGCCCAACUCAAGUACAACCACCGAGCCCGGCCGGCCAAGAACAGCACGCGGAUGGCCCUCCGGAAAGGCAGCUUUGGGCUCCCGGGCCAGGGCGACUUCCUCCGCAAGCGGAACCACCUCCUCCGGACCAUCUCGUCCCAGCCCGCCGGGCCCAGCCACAAGCACGAGAGGACGCACAGCCAGUCGGACAGCGAGCGGGAGCGGGAGCGGGAGCGGGGCCAGCGCAGCAUGAGUGUGGCCACGGGCUGCUGGGGCCGCCGGCCGGAGGCGGGGGCCCCCCCCGGACCCAAGUAGAGGUGCCCGCCUCCCCCCUCCCCAGGAGCCGGCCCCCAGCGGCCCCGACGCAGGAGGUGUCACCAUGGUGCUAGGAGGCGGGAGGGACAGAGCCACGUGGGCUGUGGGUCCGGCGGGUUGAGGAUGGAGGACUCGGACCCAUCCCGGGCCCUUCCCAGGGCCGUCUCGGCUCGGGCCUCGGGCGGUCAGCGGCUUCUGCCACAGACAAGCACAGGGCACGGCCUGUCUCUGCUCCCAGGGGUGGGAGACAUCGAGCGGUGACUCCAGGCCCCUUCGGCCCCGGGGGCUUUCCAGACAGCCUCCUCUAACCCCACCUGGCCCAAGGAGCAGGGCCCGACCCCGGCCUCCGGGGAAAAGGGGUUCCCUUGUAGGCAAGGCGGGAAGACGGGGACACCCCCUCAAGGACCUUUCAUCAGGGCCCUGUUCCCCACGGUUUGGAGCUUGGGGUCUCUCUGAAGCUGGCAGCAUCCUGCACCUGCCCACAAAUGCAGGGAAAUCACCCCCCUCUUGCCCCAUUUCGGCCCCCGAGAACAGACCAUCCAUCCCGCCGUACCCCCCUCUCCCCACCGGCGCCGCGUAGACUCUCCAGAAACAACACACACACAGACAGCCCUGCGGCGCCCUCCUCCCUGGGCUCCUCCAGGGGCAGGGCCGCCCCCCGUGCAUCUGCGCCGCCCCGGCCCCUGCGCCCCGAGUUCUCUCCAGACACAGUAGCAGCUCCCCAGGAGUUCCACGUGCUUCUCUGAACUCGUCACAACUGUAAAACCUCAUCGUUCUCCGCACUGAUGAUGUCGAGGAUGGAGCCCUGCCGGCGCCUCCCGGCCGUCGUGCACAACCAUUAAAUACUCUGCCGAGGCCCGAGCGUACCCGAGUGUCGUACAAAGCUUAGGAAAAGGCCAUAUUUUCGUUCCCGCGAGGCCUCUCCCAGCCGGCCUUGCCUCCCUCCCUCUCUGGCCCUCUGGGAGGAGGGUGGGGGAGCCCCCUGGGUCCAGACCAGCCAUGAGCACCCGCCCCGAGCGGCCAAGCCAGGGUCUGGGCACCCGAGGCCCCGACGCCCGCCUCUAGGCCACGGAGGUUCCCCGCUGCUGCUGCCGCUGCCGCCCACUGCAGGCCUUUCUAUUUCUACUUUUCCCGUCACAGGUGGAUUUCUGAGGGCUGCUUUGGGCUCUUUUUCAAGAGAAAAUCGGGCGGCUUUGGUUUUCCUUAACGCUUCCAAGACCAAGGGCAGCCCCCCAUGCUUUGGGCAAACCUAGCACUGUGAAGGCAGCCCGUGGGCUCUGGACCCUCGUCCUGACGCGCAGGCCGGCCUGGGGAGGCUCCGGCGACCCCUCGGCCCGGCAUUAACAAACCGUAGCUGAACUUCUCCUCCAUCCGCGGGCCUCGGGGGCAGAUUUUUAAAACGCUGAUGGGUUCCCCGUGAGAGUCUGGACCGAGUCCUUCGUCUCUCCUCCUCUGCCGGCUUCUCCCAAUGGAAUCGGACUUCCCCUCCCCCCGCCUCGCUGCUCCGGGCGGCCCCAGACUGGGCCCAGAACCAGAUUCUUGGGAAGGAGUCCCGUGCCCGGCUGCUGCGGAUGGCCUUUGUCCGACGAUGCCCGCCCAGAGCAUUCUGUACAAUGGGGGGGGGGGGGGGGGAAGAGGGCGUUUUCUCUUGUGUAGAUAUUGUAAAGAGGAAAAGUCUCCUGUAAAUGUCCAGAGAAGUGGUAUAUUCAGAGUGAAAGCUAUUUAUUUUGUGUAGGGAAAAUGUCUGCAGGCCCGACUCGCCGCACAAAGCCAAGUCCGUUACCGUCUCUGCAGAGUCUCCCCCAUCCCGUCCCCCUCCCCGACCGUCACAGCCUGGGAGCCCCCGUGGAGCCGAGGCUCAGACCCGACUGCAAUAACGGGCCUCUCCCGGCGCCCCCCGUCCCGCGGCCGGCCCUUCUGCCAUGGGGCCCGCCGCCAGCUCGGGCUGGAAGGCUCCCGUCCCCGCCGCCCCUUAGGCCAAGGACACGAGCAAUAGCACUUGUCUCCAUCGGCCUCACCGCCAUUUGUCCAGUGUGAGCGAGCAGGCCGGCCCCGGGCCCGAGCAGACCCUCGUCCAUGUUUCCCCCAGAAUGGGGGGGCUCCCUCCCGCCCCCCUCCCUUCGCCUUCCUCCAUCACCGACUCCACAACGUAGAUCUGCUGUUCGACAAAGCAUUUUUUUUUAAACGGAGACACUUUUUUUAAUACCAAAAAAAAAAAAAAAUGUUUACAGCAUCAGAAGACAACCAGUGACGACCAAAAAUCCUCCGAGUAGCGCGUCCCCCGCCGCCGCCGCAUCGCCCACGUAGACGGCACCGAGCCUUAGCCUUCCUCCUCCGGGCCUAUUGGCAUGCCCGAGCGUCACUUUUCUAUCCGCCACCUUCGGCCCCUUUUCUUCAGAGGCGUCUUUCUCGGCCCGCCGGCCAGCUCGCCGCAUCCCCCGGCUCCAUCUCGGCCCCCUCCGUGUGUCCCCAUCUCUCAGCUUGUGUGUGAAACCCCCCACGGACGACUCCCUUUUCUCCUCGCUGUCAGUGCAUUGCUCCGACGCCUGGCUGUGUAGACUGUACACGGCGUCGCUGUACAUUACACCAAUAAAGGGAAGCCUUCUUUCC